GAGACAUUGUAUACGAUUUGAAGCAAAAGAUCGCGGCCAAGCUCAGGGUCCCUCUCGAGAUGCAGUACCUCCACCUUGGCUGGACUAUCUUAGAGGACGAGGUCCCCCUCGUGACGCAUGGAAUCAAGCAGCAGAUGACAGUGUGGAUCAGCGGGAGUCUCCUGGGCGGCGGCGGCAGCACUGGCAAGGGGCGAGGCGGGCGCGGGGGCCCUCGGGGCGGACGUGGGGCGGGCGGCAGCGGCAGCGGGCCCCCCCACCGUCACUUCGACGGUGACGCCCCCAUUACGGACUGGGUCAGCGCAUGCUGGCCUCAUCCAUGGGUCGACUUUGCCACGGUGUGCGGCGAGCCGCACGAACUGGUCACGCGCGGCCCGGCGUCGUACGUUCACGCGGCGUGGGAAACCUGCCCUACCACGGGGCGGCCCCACGUCCACGUGUUCGUACAGUUUGGACGACCAUGGCGUUUUGCGGAGCUCACCUCCGCGCGCUUCCAGACCAUGCAGGCCGGCGCCUGGGAGCCUCGCCGUGCCAGCCUGCGUCAGUUAUUCAACUACCUGCACACGCACACGCACACGGCCGGCGUCACGGACGACCUCCUGGCGUUCGUAUGGGGGUGCGAUUCCAUGGCGCAGAUACUGCAGGACCCCGCGCGGGCGGAGACCCUCCGCGAGCCGGGGGCGAUGACCUGGGUGGAGCGGGCCUUCAUCUUCGCCCCGGGGCAUCUGGCGCGAUUUCUCUUCGCAGCUCCCCCCGACAGCCGGACCAUCCUAUGGGUGUGCGGCUGGCACGGACGCUCCGGCAAGUCAGAGCUCGUGAAAUGGCUCCUCGCCAAUCUGCCCUCGCCCGGAGCCGUCGAAUUCCUUUUCGACAACCGCGACCCCCGCUCCGUCGCCGCCCUUGCGCCCCGAAAGAUGCAGGUCGCCAUCUUCGACAUCAGCAGACUCGGCAUAUUCAGGGCAGGCAUAGCGGUAGAGCAGCUGGUGGACGGCAAGCUUAUUAACGAGAAGUACCACGUCCACAACAAGCGGUUCGCGGCGCCCCACGUCGUCGUCUUCUCGAACUUUGCGCCUCCGAUCGAUGGGAACGCAUCCACCGGCGACAGGGUGCGGGCGAUCCAUCUCGACGCCUUCCCCGCCGACUACUCCUUUGACUUUCUCUUCCCCGCCCACCGCUUUCCCAACGCCGCCGACGCGUUUGUCAACGGGGACCCCGUUGCGGGCAUGGGGGGCGCCCCCGCCAGCAGCGCGGUCACGGGGUCCACCCCCGCCUCCCGAGCCGUGAUGCGCGCUCCACCGCCUUUGGCCACCGGCAGCGUCGUGCCUGGCCCCGCGGCCCCACGGCCGCCUGCAGUUUCAUCGGCCCCCGCGCCCGUGGCGGGCGGCGCCGCGCCGCCCGUGCGCACGCGACCCGCGUCCGGCCGCGCGCCCGCGCCCGCCGCUGCCCCAGUGGCGCCCGCCGGCCCCCGCCCAGCGCGCCAGGGGGUCGGCCGCCCACCCCUCUCCGACGCGGUCAAGAGCGAGCGGGCCCGGAUCGAGGAGGAGAGCCGCCGUGGCGUUGGCCGGCCGCCCGCGGCCCCGCUGGCCCUCCCAGGGCAGCGCACGCCAGCGGAGGUCGUAGCUCUGUCAUCGGCGGAGCGGGCGCGGAGCCGCACUCCGCGGCCCGCCGCGCCCGCCGACGCCGACGCCGGCCCGCGCCCCCCGGCCGCGGCGCCCGCGCCCGCCACGGGCGCCGACGGUGCAGCAGCCCUGCAAGACGCCGACGAGGCCAAGGCGCUGGCCUGGGCACUGGAGGCCUCUUCCGCGGCCGGCGGCGGUGCCCUCUCCGGCGGAUGGCUCCCGAGGCCGCCCCCGCGCCGCCCCGCUGGCCCGGGUGGCGCGCGCGCCGCUUCGAGCUCGAGGACGGCUUCGAAGGCGUUCCCAUGCACGGCCGAGCUGCGGGCGCCGGAGCCCCCCACCGCUCGCAAGGCGGCCAGCAGUGCGGGGUGCAACCCCGUAGCGGCCGCUCACUGGGAGGAGGCACUAGGCCACGUCGAAAUGACCCCCAGCUCGCCGGAGGCACCUGGCCCGGCUGCCCCAGCGGUGGCGACGCCAGCGGGGAUCGCGUCGGCUCCCGCGGCCGCGGCCCCCGCCGCCGCGACGCCAGCUCUCGCCGCGCCGACGCCGUCGCCCCUGCCUCCGGCUGCAUUCUCCGCCAGCGAUGCCAGGAUGGACUUUCUCGAAGAACUCCACUGGGCCCACGAGUUCAUCCAGAGCCGAUAUGAGGCGGAGUUCGCGGCCUACAGGGCGGAGCUGGGUGAGAGCAUAUCGAAGUGCCUCACGGAGGACGAGAUUCGCCUGAACUGGCUCGCGGACCAUGCGCGCCGCAUCGCACGCCAGACG